UUAAUCCAUACACGUAGUUCCCGAAAAACAUAUAAAAAGACAGGUAAUGAACAGCAAAGUUAUCAAUCAAUUAACAACGAUUCCCUCAUAAGCUCGUGUAUCUUUAUAGUCGAAGCCAAUAUGUGCAGCUACGUGAAGUCAUCCUGUUCCUUGCUGGUUUUGAUCCUGGCACUGGGAGCGGUUUCAGCUCAGCCGGCGAGACUGGCAAAACAACUACAGAAACAGCAGGCCGCACCGUAUCCAUCCGCCGAGGAACUGAAGCCGGAGGUGCCAUUCGAGGAAGGAGUGCCCGAUCAGACUUAUGGACCACCGGAUCUGACCUACGGACCACCGCCCACCGAUGCAGUCGAGCAGCUACCCAGCGAUGAGGAGCCGCAAGACUUUACACCCGAUCCGGAUGCAGAGGAAGUGCAGCCCAUCCAGCAGGCUCCCGCUCGCCUGACCAAGCAGAUUAGGAGUGAUUUUGAUCAAGGACUGAUUUUGCUAUCUUCGAGUCCAUUGAGAGUGGCUAAUUCCAAUGGAAUCCCAUUUCCAGUGACCAUUCAAGCCCUGUGGUAGGAAUACUAAAGAACAUUCUUGGUACUGAUUUUUAUAAACGUUAUGUUAAUUAUUGUCUUUGUUACCGGUUGAACUAUUAAAGAACAUUUGUUGAUACACCGAA